UCCACCUCCUUGGUAGUAUAUAUAUAUCCCACCCGCUGACACACCGCAAAAACUAAUUUCCACUUUUUUCUUUUUUCCGUGCUUUCUUCCCCUCCGCGAGGAAGCAAGGAAGCAAGCAAAUCCAUCGCGAGCCUCCUCAUCCCAAGGCGGCCGGCGGCGAUGUUGGAGGAGCUGCUCAUCUUCACGCGGGGCGGCCUGAUCCUGUGGUCGUCCUGCCGGGCCCUGGGCGGCGCCGCGCUGCUCAAGGGCUCCCCCAUCGACGCGCUCAUCCGCUCCUGCCUGCUCGAGGAGCGCUCGGGCGACGCCGGCUUCACCAAGGACGCCUACGCGCUCAAGUGGACCUUCAACAACGACCUCGGCCUCGUCUUCGUCGCCGUCUACCAGCGCAUGCUCCACCUCCUCUACGUCGACGGCCUGCUCGCCGCCGUCCGCAAGGAGUUCUCCCAGAUCUACAACCCCAAGCGCGUCUCCUAUGACGACCUCUUCACCGAGACCUUCCGGCAGCUGCACCUCGAGGCCGAGGCGCGCGCCGAGGCCAUGAACAAAUCCAAGCAGCAGCCCACCAAUCCCUCCUCCGGCUCCGGCGCCGGCCGUGGUCCUGCCGGCAAGAAGCUCGGCCCCAAUGCUCGCGCUGGGGGCGGUGCUGCUGGGAAGAAGAAUUCUGGCUCUGGGAAGGAUGACUCCGAUGGCGACUCCGGGAAGGAGCACAACGGUGGUUUCACUGCUAACGGUACGGUUGCCAAGGGUGGCCAGGAGAAUGGUGCUAUCAAGGACAGUUCUCGCGCCGCCCGGGCUGUUGUUGUUGACAAUGAUGGCAAGGAGAACGGGGACCCCAACGACGGGGCCUUCGAUGUAAAUACCUUGCGUAAGAAGACAGGAGGAAAGAAGGGCGGUGGUGGCGGUAAGAAGAACGAUGUGAAGAAGGCGGCCAAGACCGAGCCCAAGAAGGUUGUCAAGCAGAUGAGGGUCUGGGAUGACAAACCGCCGAAGAACGAGAAGCUGGACUUCACGGACCCGGCUGACGAGAGAGGGGGGGAGGUGAUAGAGAAGGUGCUUACCAACCAGGGGGACAGCAUGAUGGAUAAGGAUGAAGAUCUGAGCAGCGAUAGUGAGGACGAAGAGGAUGAGGAAGAGGAGAAUGCUGGGGCUGGCCAGAAGAAGAAGGGCUGGUUCUCCUCCAUGUUCAAGAGCAUUGCAGGUAACAAUGUACUUGAGAAGUCUGAUCUGCAACCUGCACUCAAAGCUCUUAAAGAUAGACUGAUGACAAAGAAUGUGGCUGAAGAAAUAGCAGAAAAGCUUUGUGAAUCAGUAGCAGCUAGCCUUGAGGGCAAGAAGCUAGGAUCCUUCACAAGAAUUUCUUCUACUGUUCAGACAGCUAUGGAGGAGGCUCUCCUUCGCAUUUUAACUCCAAGGCGAUCCAUUGACAUAUUAAGGGAUGUACAAGCUGCCAAGGAGCGUGGCAAGCCAUAUGUCGUUGUUUUUGUUGGAGUGAAUGGAGUUGGAAAAUCUACCAAUCUUGCAAAGGUCGCUUAUUGGCUUCUUCAGCAUAACCUCAGUGUCAUGAUGGCAGCAUGUGAUACCUUCAGAUCUGGUGCUGUUGAGCAGCUGCGGACUCAUGCUCGCAGGCUUGAGAUACCUAUAUUUGAGAAGGGAUAUGAGAAGGACCCAGCAGUUGUGGCGAAAGAAGCUAUCCAGGAAGCCACUCGAAACAAAUCAGAUGUUGUUCUUGUUGAUACGGCCGGACGUAUGCAGGACAAUGAGCCACUCAUGAGAGCACUCUCCAAGCUCAUCAAUCUCAACAAGCCAGAUCUGGUUUUAUUUGUGGGAGAGGCAUUAGUUGGGAAUGAUGCAGUUGAUCAGCUCAACAAGUUCAAUCAGAAAUUGGCAGAUCUUUCCACUGUUCCCACAGCCAGACUGAUUGAUGGUAUCCUGCUCACCAAGUUUGACACUAUCGACGACAAGGUGGGAGCUGCGCUGUCCAUGGUUUACAUAUCUGGAUCUCCGGUCAUGUUUGUCGGAUGUGGCCAGUCCUACACUGACCUGAAGAAGCUGAACGUGAAAUCCAUUGUGAAGACCCUCCUGAAGUAAAAUGGUAGUACUAGUACAUGUCGUGCUCCGAGAUGUGCUGCAUACCAAAGAGUCUCUGUUAUAUCUCCAAAUAUCCCCCGUGACCUCGUUGUUUUCUCGUUUGAUUUGGUGUGGAACUGUCGUCCCUAGCGAACUUUAAUGGUUGCUGUUAACUUAUUAUGUUGUGUGGAUCUUUGUGCUUGGUUGCCUCAGAAAUUAAUUAUAAAUACAAUAAUAUGUGGCUUGUUUAAUA